AUGGCCUCGCAAGCAGACUCCAAGGACAGGCAGUUCCUGGCCGUGAUUGGGGACGAGGAUUCCGUUACUGGGCUGCUUCUUGCGGGAAUUGGCCAUGUCACGGCGCCUCCAGACAACCAGAAAAACUUUCUGGUGGUUGACAGCAAGACCGACAAUGCCACAAUUGAGGCAACCUUCGAGAAGUUUACGGCGGAGAGAAAAGACAUCGGGAUAGUCUUGAUCAACCAGCAUGUCGCCGAUCGGAUACGGCACCGAGUAGACACCUACACCGCAGCGUUUCCAGCAGUUCUCGAAAUCCCGAGCAAAGAUCACCCCUAUGACCCAGAGAAAGACAGUGUCCUGCGGAGAGUUCGCCGGUUGUUUGGCGAAUAG